AUGGCGCGUAAGUGCAUUUACGCUUACCCGCCUUUCCCAGCCUCUCCAGAUGAGGCGUCACGUGGUUUAACUCGGAACGGAGUGCAGUGUGCGUCACAGUACCAGUUAACGGGCGGUUUCCAGAUUCUAGGAAUAAAAGGCGGUAUCUAUCUAUCUAUCUAUCUAUCUAUCUAUCUAUCUAUCUAUCUAUCUAUCUAUCUCAUUCUGCUUCCAACUAUGUAUAUAUGUAUGUAUGUAUCUAUCGAUCUACCUCGUUCUGCAUUUAUUUCUCUCUUUCUCUGUCUAUCAAAUUCUCGUCAAUACCUACGUAUCUAUCUAUCUAUCUAUCUAUCUAUCUAUCUAUCUAUCUAUCUAUCUAUCUAUCUAUCUAUCUAUCUAUUCUCAAAUCGAAAAAUGUUCUACCCCCAAAUCAAUAAUAUGUUUCGUUUUUUUUUCGAAUACAAGUUCGCUACAUCGCUAACCAAUGCCCGUGAGACGAUCACCUGA